UUACAGUAUUUAAUCAAAUGUUACCACAAUUGACAUUAAAUAUAACUAUUGUUGACUUUAUAUGUAUAGUUGAUUUAUAUUGAUUAAUAUAUAAAGUUUUGAAAAUGUCUCGCAUAGGAGUAGCCGUUUGCGCUUUAAAUCAGUUAUCUCUUGAUUUUGAUGGAAAUUAUAAUAGAAUUAUACAAAGUAUUAAAGAGGCCAUAGAUUUGGGAGCAGUUGUUAGAGUUGGUCCCGAACUCGAGAUUCCCGGUUAUGGCUGUGAAGAUGCCUUCUAUGAGUUGGACACAACUUACCACUCGUGGCAAGUAUUGGCACAAAUCAUUGAACAUGACUUUAAGAAUAUUAUCAUAGAUAUUGGAAUGCCAAUCAUAAAGGAUUCAGCACUUUAUAACUGUCGCGUUCUUCUAUUAAAUUCUCAAAUUGUGUUAAUCAGACCUAAAACUAGAUUAGCAUUAAAUGGAAAUUAUAGGGAAAGUCGUUGGUUUAGUGCAUGGGAUGACGGGUCCAAAGGAUUAAUGACAUGGUAUACGUUGCCAUCAUUUAUAACAGCAAUCAAUGGACAACUUAGGGCUCCAUUUGGUGAUAGAGCUGUUCUCGAACUGUCCCUAAAUUCGAGUUCACAUUCAAUGGCCACUUCUUCUACAUUCAGAAUUGGAUUUGAGAUCUGCGAGGAAUUAUGGCAUUCAGAUGCACAGCAUAUCAAUCUGUUUGGCCAACGAGGCUGUCAUCUUAUACUAAACAGUUCGGCCUCUUAUUGGGAAAUCCGGAAACUGACGCGUGUUAUGAGUCUAAUGAAAACAGCGACCAUUAAGUCGGGCGGUGUCUAUGCCUUCUCUAAUAUGAUUGGUUGUGACGGCGGCGGACGGCUUUGUUUCUAUGGUCGCAGUCUUGUACUUAUGAACGGAGAGUUGCUUACAAUGACAAGUGAUAGACAAAACUUUUUCAGUGAAGUUCAAACAGCCAUCGCUUAUAUCGAUCCAAACGAUGUCACGCAAUACAGACUUCAAAAUAAUAUUAAAACACAAACCCAUAAAACAAUCGGAAAUAAUCUAAUAUUUGACUCUUUGAACGGAAAUAACUAUAAUAAUUGUGAUUUAGAUGUGGAAAAUGUUAUUACAAUUAAUAUAAAAAAUUUCAAUGCAAUGCAAUCUAAUAAAUAUCAACACAACCCAAGUAUUAUAAAUCACAUCAAUUUAAUCCCUGAACAGGAAAUAAUGCUUUACUGUUCACUCUGGCUCUGGGAUUAUCUGAGACGUUGUCUUAAGAGAGGAAUGGAAGGCUUUAUCGUACCAUUAAGUGGUGGACUGGACUCUAGUUCUGUUGUAUGUCUUGUCUAUUCUCUCUGUACUUUACUAUACGAACAAAUUGUGGGUAAAAACAAACAAAUCAUUGAUUAUUUUAAAAUCUUAUACAAAGAUGAAAAUAUUGUUGAAAAGAUUCACUCGCCUCAAGACAUUUGUAAUAAACUCUUGAAAUGUGUUUAUUUGUCCACAAGAUAUUCAGGUCAAGACAGCUAUGAUAGAGCACUGAGUUUAUCUCAAAGUGUUAACUGUCGCUUCUUUUCACAUAAUUUUGAUGAUAUUUUUAAACUUAUGGUAAAUUCAGUUCCGACUGAAACCAAAGUUAAUGAAAAUGUUGUGACACUUCAACAACAAAAUCUUCAGGCAAGACUCAGAAUGGUUUUAACAUAUUAUAUGAGUGAAGGCAAGAGACUGGUGUUGGCCACCGGCAAUGUUGACGAAGCUUUGGUCGGAUAUCUUACCAAAUAUGACUGCUCUUCAGCAGAUCUUAAUCCAAUUGGUUCUAUCAGUAAAAAUGAUUUAAAAAAUUUUAUGUGUUUUUGUAAAGAUUUUAUUCCCGAUAAAAACAAUGCCAUUAACAGAAUAAUUAAUGCCAUUCCAAGUGCAGAGCUUACCGGUGAGGAUCAAAAAGACGAAGAAGAUUUGGGAUUAACUUACGAUGAAUUAAGUAUUUUUGGAAAAUUAAGAAGAGGUCAGUUCGGUACUUAUGGUCCGUACGGUAUGUUCUGUAAGAUAUGGGAUGAAAGAAACAGUCAAUACAUAAGUUCUGCCAUUAAAUGCACAAAUGGAAAGUUGACUCCAGAAAUGAUUGCAACAAAAGUUAAAAGAUUUUUCACAUUAUAUGCCAAUAAUCGUCACAAACAAACAGUAUUAACGCCAGCAUUACAUUCAGAGACCUAUUCACCCGAUGACAACCGUUUCGAUCAAAGACAGUUCCUCUUUGAUUCCGAUUGGAAGUUCCAAUUCAGACAAAUAGAUUCAAGAAUUAUGCAAAUUAAUCAAACAAACUAAUCAAUCAAUUUGUUUGUCAUUUUAUUA